CAAAAAGGGGAAGUUUGAACAAGUGGUGGCUGAGUUGCAUUCUGAAUUUUUUGAAGGAAGGAGACACCUCAUAUCUUCGGUGUCUCCGCCUUCAUUCAAUUCGAAACCCUAAUUUCUCAUCACAACCUUCAAUAACACAACGAACCCUAUUUCUCGAUCAAAUCGCUCAUUUUCAGCUUCUUUCAGAUCGACCGUGCUUCCCUGAUUCUCCAUCAUAAAAUCGUUUCAUUUCGAAUUUUUGGGUUCUGCAUUUGUUGUUUUCACAUUGUAUGAGUUUCUGAUCUGUUAAUAUGGCGGGAGUUUCAACUUUUCCGGGAUGUGGAUGUUGUUACAGAACAUCAUUUACAAUUAGAGGGAGAGAAAUGAGACCUUCAUCAGUUCAAGCCACUAAUCUUAUACUAUCGGCAACUACAAGGGUUUCUAGACCUUUUGAGGAAGACAUGUUUCCAUUCUCUAGAUUUUCUCUAUCUAACUCGAGGAAGGCAUCUCAUAAACUUGUCCACUCAGGUAUUCACAUGGCUUUAGUAGAUGAGAGACCUGUACGUUCUGGAGAUGUGUCCAAUCUUCCUCAAAUUCUGGCUUAUGAGCUUGUUCAAGGAGCACUUGUCAAAUGGAGUUCUAAUGUGGAAAACUUAAAACCUGAUAUACCAACUGCUGUUCUUCUGCAUGGUAUCCUCGGAGGCAGAAAAAAUUGGGGAUCUUUUGCACGAAGAUUAGCACAAGAGUUCCCUAUGUGGCAGUUUCUGUUGGUAGAUUUGCGCUGUCAUGGUGAUUCUACAUCCAUUAAGAAAAGGGGUCCUAAUACUGUUGCCUCAGCUGCUCUUGAUGUCUUAAAGCUAGUUGGUCAACUUAGAGUAACGCCUCGAAUUUUAGUUGGUCACAGUUUUGGUGGCAAAGUUGCCUUGAGCAUGGUGGAACAAGCUGCAAAACCUCUUGCAAGACCUGUCAAAGUUUGGGUUCUGGAUGCUACUCCUGGAAAGGUCCGUCCUGGUGGAGAUGGAGAGGAUCAUCCUGGUGAACUUAUUUCCUUCCUAAGUACACUGCCAAAGCAGGUUGCAUCUAAGCGUGAUGUUGUAAGUGCUCUCAUUAAGGAAGGCUUUUCUAAAGAUGUGGCACAGUGGGUGGUAACUAAUCUCCGGCCGACUGAUUCAUCAUCAUCAAGCUUCUCAUGGGUCUUUGACCUCAAGGGUAUUGCUGAGAUGUACAAAUCCUACGAAGAAACAAACUUAUGGAAAUUUGUCGAGGAUGUUCCUCGAGGUGUGCAUAUCAAUUUCUUAAAAGCUGAACGGAGCUUGCAUAGGUGGGCCCUUGGAGAUCUUCAGAGGAUACAUGCUGCUGAGGAACAGGCUGCAGAUGAGGGAGGUGGAGUUCAAAUGCAUGUGCUUGAAGAUGCUGGGCACUGGGUUCACGCUGAUAACCCUGAUGGUCUGUUCAGGAUUCUUUCACCUUCCUUCCAGUAAAAGAGCAAAGAGAAAACCCGCAUUAAAUCUUCAAAAGAUUCAGGCGUUUAUUCCCGUCACACAUUGUAACACAUGCACUGGUUGAAUUCCACAAAAUGAUAAUGUAUCCUCAUCCUAUAACAAUUUUUGUAGCCUGACUCGACUGUGUUUGUUCAUUCAUUCAUCAGUUUAUAUAUAUUAUCUGCAGUAUUCCCCUUCCAGACUGCUGAAGAAUUUGAUACUUAGUCGCACUGUAAAUUUAUAAAUUUUAUCUCAUAUACAAAAAGAUGCUUCUGGCUUUA